AUGACAGACGCGGCAGACUUCAAUACCGUGGGUUUCAUCGGCCUUGGAGCCAUGGGUAAACCGAUGCUGGAGCAUUUGGCCAAUAAUCUGCCCAAGGAGUCACGCAUAUGGGUCUACGACGUCGUUGAGCAAGUCGUGGACGAAGUCUGCGAAGCAUUUCCGGACCGAGUGUACAAAGGAAUAAGCGCAGCAGAUGUUGCGCAACAUGCCGACACCAUUCUGACAAUGGUCCCCGAAGGCUCACACGUCCGCUCGGUAUACCUGGAGCCCGAAAACGGCAUCUGCAGCAGCGACAUCUCUAAUAAGUUGCUCAUCGACUGUUCGACAAUCGACACAGCGACCAAUCUAGAAGUCAAAGACCACAUUACACAGCACUUCCCCUCGGCUUCAUUCUACGACUCACCCGUCAGCGGAGGCGUAGUCGGUGCGAUCAAAGGCACUAUUGCAAUCUUUCUCGGAUGCGCAGAAACAGAUCCCAACUUUGCGCGCCUGACCCGAUUAAUGGAGCUCAUGGGCAAGCAGAUUAUUCCUUGUGGGGGACCAUCGCUCGGCCUUGCUGCAAAGCUGUCGAAUAACUACUUGUCCGGGAUCAUCGCGAUUGCGUGCUCAGAGGCAUUUGACAUGGGAAUGAGGUCUGGUCUUGAUCCGAGAACACUGGCGAAAGUGUACGCUGCUGGUACGGCUCAGAGUACUAUCUGCGAUAAGUUCUGUCCCGUUCCGCACGUGUACCCCGAUGCGCCUUCGUCUGGAGGCUGGAAGCAGGGCUUCAAGGUGCAGUUGAUGCGGAAGGACUUCGGCCUGGCAGUUGAGAUGGCAAAACGAGUCGGUUCGAAGAAUGUUCUUGGGGAUAUCGGUCUGGAGACAUAUGAGGGCGCCGCGAACGACCCGCGCUGCCGAGAUCUUGAUUCCCGCGUGGUGUAUAGAUAUCUGGGAGGUCAGGAGGACUGGCAGUUGAAGUCUGAGCAGUCCUAG